UUGUUGCUGAAUUGCCCUCUUCUACUAUUUAUAACACAAAAGUUGCAGCAAAUUGCAUUCAACUCACUCUUCAAGAUUUAAAUCUAUGGAUAUUGAAUUAUCAUCUUCUUCGAGUAUCCUCUUUUCAUCUCUCAUAUUUUUUGCUUUCCUAUGGAACCUAAUCUCCCGGUCGAACCGUGGCCGGAGUUCGGCCAAUCUUCCUCCGGGGCCAAGAAAGCUGCCGGUCAUCGGGAACUUGCACCUCCUCAUUAGUUCCCGACCUCCCCAUCAUAUUUUAGCCGACUUGGCGUCGAAAUAUGGGCCGAUGAUGCACUUGCGGCUAGGUGAAAUCAGCACGGUUAUUGUAUCGUCGCCGGAGGCAGCAAAAGAGGUCUUGAAGACGCACGACAUCAACUUCGCAAACAGGCCAUCAAGCCUUGCGACGAAGAUUUUAUCAUAUGAUUAUUCUAACAUAGCUUCCUCAUCGUAUGGCGAAUACUGGAGACAGUUGCGAAAAAUUUGCACGAUGGAGCUGUUGAGCGCAAAGCGUGUCCAAUCUUAUCGUCCCUUAAGGGAAGAAGUGUUUUUCGAUAUGUGCAGCUUGAUAGCUUCGGAAGAAGGCUCGUCGAUCAACUUGACUGAUAAAGUUUCCUUGGCGACUUGUGACAUGAUUUUGGGGGCAUCCCUUGGCAGUAAGAUUGAUGAACACACAGCUUUGGUAUCCAUAGUGAAAGAACUUUUUGAGUUAGCCGGAGGAUUUUAUGUCGGCGAUCUGUUUCCCUCCAUCAGUUUGUUGCAAGUGAUCGGUGGAUUUAGAGGCCGCGUGGAGAAGGUGCACAAACUAUUCGAUACCAUACUCCAGAAGAUUAUCGACAGUCGAAAAGUAGCCAAUUCUCAAGAUGAACAGCAGGAAAAAUUAGUCGAUAUUCUCCUCAAGUUCCAUAAGGAUACCGGGCAUGAGCUCGGCUUAAGCGAUGACAAUAUAAAAGCUGUGCUACAGGAUAUGUUCAUUGCUGGAAUCGAAACAUCUUCUGCUACUACAGAUUGGGCUAUGGCGGAAUUGAUGAGACAUCCCAGUGUCCUUAAGAAGGCACAAGAUGAGGUGAGACGGGUUUUUCGUGACAAGGGGUUUGUUGAUGAGUCCGACUUCGAUGAGCUAAAGUACCUAAAGUUAGUAAUGAAGGAGACUUUCCGAAUGCACCCGGCCGGGCCUCUACUCGUCCCGCGAGUAAGCAAAGAUACCUCGGAGAUCCAUGGAUACACAAUACCUGCAAAAACAAAUGUUUUGGUGAAUGCAUGGGCCAUUGCAAGAGAUCCCAAAAUCUGGAAAGAUGCCGACAGCUUUAUACCAGAGAGAUUUCUCGAUAACAAUAUUUCAUUCGAUUACAACGGGAAGAAUUUUGAAUUCAUCCCUUUUGGUUCUGGCAGAAGGAUUUGCCCUGGAAUGUCAUUCGGCCUUGCCAAUGUCGACCUCCCAUUGGCAAUGUUACUCUACCACUUUGAUUGGGUUUUGCCACAGGGAAUGAAACCUGAAGAUGUCGACAUGGAAGAAACCUUCGGCAGUACAGCAACAAGAAAAACUCCUCUUUACGUGAUUCCCAAAUUGAAAAACCCUUUGGCUUCAAAGUAAAAUCGAGGGACACUAUCUUCCAUUUCAUGUUCGGGCCAUUUCAUAAUCAUGGAUAAUUGUUAUACAGCAUAGAAGUUGUAACUUAUGAGCUGAAGUUUCGAGUGGAAUACAAGGCGACGAAUUAGUAUACGCAUUCGUUUCAGAUCGAAUAAUUAAUUAACAAUAGGUGUGCAAAAAAUAAUAACAGCCCGAAAGCUCAAAAACUCGUAUUGGAACCUUAAAAAAAUAGGCUAGAAAAUUUAUAAUAU